GGCGAGGAGGAACGUCUUUCCAGCAAGCUGGCCUGGCAUCUUCCAGCUGUGGGCACAGAAUCUGACGGAGUGAGACUGGGAAAGCCUCGAGCAACAGGAUGAAGAGGUACCAAGAACAUCAUCUGCAGCAGCCUGUCACCCCAGACCUUUUGAUGACCCCUAGUGAUCGAGAUGAUGCAGAACUGGACAUGGAAUACCCAGUCGAACGAGGAAAUUGGACGGGAAAGUUAGAUUUUCUCCUGUCUUGCAUUGGAUACUGUGUUGGUUUGGGCAAUGUCUGGAGGUUCCCAUAUAGAGCUUAUACCAAUGGAGGAGGGGCAUUUCUAAUUCCAUACUUCAUCAUGUUGGCCAUUUGUGGAAUCCCUCUCUUCUUCAUGGAACUGUCUUUAGGCCAGUUUUCCAGUCUGGGACCCCUGGCUGUGUGGAAAAUAAGUCCACUUUUCAAAGGUGUUGGCAUGGGCAUGCUGCUAAUUGUUGCCCUGGUGGCCAUCUACUACAACAUGAUAAUAGCCUACGUUUUAUUCUACCUCUUCGCCUCCCUGACUAGCAGUUUGCCCUGGGAGCACUGUGGCAACUGGUGGAACACUGAGCUCUGCCUGGACCACCAUGUCAUCCAGGCCAGCAACUCUGCGAUGCCAAUCAACAUCAGCAGCACAGUCAGCCCCAGUGAAGAGUACUGGAGUCGCUACGUUCUUCACAUACAAGGGAGUUCUGGAAUUGGGGAUCCAGGACAAAUUCGAUGGAACCUGUGUCUGUGUCUUCUUCUGGCCUGGAUCAUUGUGUACCUAUGCAUUCUUAAGGGAGUGAAGUCUUCAGGCAAGGUGGUCUAUUUCACAGCAACAUUCCCAUACUUAAUUCUCAUAAUGCUAUUGAUACGUGGUGUGACACUGGAUGGAGCAUGGAUUGGAAUCAAAUUCUACCUCACACCACAGUUUGACCAUUUGUUGUCUUCAAAGGUGUGGAUAGAAGCAGCGUUGCAGAUCUUUUACUCCCUUGGGGUCGGGUUUGGAGGACUUCUCACAUUUGCAUCCUACAAUACUUUUCAUCAAAACAUAUACAGGGACACUUUUAUUGUCACGCUAGGAAAUGCCUUCACCAGCAUUCUUGCAGGAUUUGCUAUCUUCUCCGUCCUGGGUUAUAUGUCCAAGGAGUUAGGUGUUCCAGUAGAUCAAGUUGCCAAAGCAGGUCCUGGUCUGGCCUUUGUUGUAUACCCACAAGCAAUGACAAUGCUUCCACUAGCACCAUUUUGGUCAUUCCUCUUUUUCUUUAUGCUUCUGACCCUUGGAUUAGACAGCCAGUUUGCAUUCAUGGAAACAAUAGUGACGGCCAUAACAGAUGAAUUUCCCUACUACCUCAGACCAAAGAAAGCAGUUUUUUCUCUUAUUAUAUGCAUGGCUUUAUUUCUUCUGGGCCUGGUUCUUACAACUGAGGGUGGAAUGUACUGGUUGGUCUUAUUGGAUGACUAUAGCGCAGGGUUUGGUCUACUGGUGUUAGUCAUCACAUUCUGCCUUGCAGUUUCAAGAGUUUAUGGAAUCAAGAGUUUCUGCAGGGAUAUACAAAUGAUGCUGGGAUUUAAGCCAGGAAUAUAUUUUAAAGCAUGUUGGGCCUUUCUAUCACCCGUCACCUUAAUUGCUCUGCUGGUAUAUAGUAUUAUAAAAUACCAGCCAUCCCAGUACGGAAGCUAUCAAUUCCCCCUCUGGUCAGAGGCUUUGGGAAUCCUCAUGGGGCUUCUUUCAUGCAUGAUGAUCCCCAUUGGCAUGCUUGUUGCCAUAUUAAAAGAAGAAGGAACCUUAUGGGAAAGAAUACAGCAGGCUAGUAGACCAGCUAUGGAUUGGGGUCCAUCACUCGAAGAAAAUAGGACAGGCAUGUACGUUAACACUCUGGCAGGUAGCCAGUCUCCAAAGCCUUUGAUGGUCCAUAUGCGGAAAUAUGGAGGUAUCACAAGUUAUGAAAAUACAGCCAUUGAAGUGGACAAAGAAAUUGAGGAGGAGUCCAUAAUGUGAUGAUGUUAAGCAGAGAGUCAAGAAAAACUCAGUGAAAUAAAAGUUCCUCUAUUUCUGGGGCUUAUACAUGCUUCCUUAACAGAAGACAAGACAGUCUUCAAUCUUGUGGCCCUGUGAAAAGACGUUAAGAAAUGUUGUCAACUGAAAGUUGUUUGUAUGGGACAGAAUGAACAUAUGUGUGUUUAUGUUAUAGUAAGGUCUCAGUAUUGGAGGCCCUGUCUACUUGUCCAUGUGUUUGGUUAAUUACCUAAAUCUUGAUGUAGCUUUUGAGGGUUUUGCAGGUUGUGUUUAGAUGGUAUCUGUAAACCAGUGGUUGCAGUACAUAUAUUCAUCUAAAAAAGGUGUGAAUUUGUUGGCAAAUACUGAAAAGGCCGAUUCUAUUUAUACACAAAUCAUCCUUAUGUAUAUGGUCAUGUUCUUCUAAUGGGUAAAACUCCAGUCCCUUAUAAUACCUAAUGUUAGAUUUAUGUCAAUGUUUUAAGUAAAGGCUUAAUGCAAUAAUAUACUUAACAUGAAUUCACCAAAACCAGACACAGAAUCUAAGACCUUACCAUUAAGAAAUGAGAACCCAACAACCUAGAAUUUAGCAGAAAGGAGGGUGUCCAUCUAGACCAGUGUUUCCCAACCAGUGUGCCUCCAGCUGUUGCAAAACUACAACUCCCAGCAUGCCCACACAGCCAAAGGCUGGAGGCACACUGGUUGGGAAACACUGAUCUAGACCAUCCCUUUAAACAUACAUUUCUGAAACUAAGGGUGUUUGAUGGUCUAAAUGUCUAUGGAUCUAAAAUAGCUUUAAGGUGCAUGUCCAUAUAGAAGAUUUUUUAAAAUUGGAAAGCUGUUACCCUCUGACAGCAUUAUAUGUGGAAAGCACAUCUGUGAGAUGUUACAGUAGGUGAACCUGAGUAGAACGCUCAACAUUCCAACUAAAAUGAAUUGUU